GAUCUUCUGAAGAAGUUCUUAGGCGAAGAUUGCACGAGAGAAACGGAAGACUCGAAUAACAAAAUGAUUGUUUCGUGGUUCCCUUCAAACGAAGUCACUCCAUUCAGGGGAAUUCCAAUCAUGAAGCGCCAGUUGUGCACUUUGGAUAAGGUCAAUAUUCUUCAACAAAUCAGAUUAAUUCACCUGCAAUUGUGCGCGAUUACGAAAUUGCUGAACAAAAUAUUCGACACUCAGAUGAUGUUCUACUCGAUAGUGAUCAUACAGAGCGUUGUUGGGAUAUUCUAUUAUGUUUACACAGAAAUAGAUUUGGAGUCGCCGUAUGAAUUGAGCUUUUAUGUGCUCGACGCGAUCUACACAUGGCUGAAAGUUGCUGUGACGUGCUACUUCUGCGAGAAGACCGCCAAAGAGGCAAAGCAGAUAAUAUACAUUAUUCACUCGUGCUCCAUACACAAUUCUGACGUCGAGUUGAGAAAUGAGCUCACACAAUUUUACCUGCAAGUCUCACUCGCUGAAAUGGACACCAAUGACACGCAUCUCUUCUGGUUGAACGACGUUUACAUAUUACAGGAAAUGUCACUUUUGAGAAAAAGUAUCACUGAAACAGAUCAGAGCUUAAUGAAACUGGACGUUGUGGUCGACCAUCGGUACAUAUACAUAUGGAUUGUCGGAAUUUGUACUGCGACUGCCUUUAACGGAUUGUCAUUUUGUCUUUUUUAUGUAUACAUGGGAUCCUUACAAGGAAGGAAUGUAAUGACUAUCUUUAGCGAUUUAUUUUUCAAUAUCACGAUGUACAUAGGAGGAAUAGUCGUCUUGGACUUCAUGACGCACGUUUGUUGGCUGGAAAGAGGCUUCAAACGAACGAAUGAUCUUCUGAAGAAGUUCUUCGGCGAAGAUUGCACGACAGAAACGGAAGACUCGAAUAACAAAAUGAUUGUUUCGUGGUUCUCUUCAAACAAAGUCACUCCAUUCAGGGGAAUUCCAAUCAUGAAGCGCCAGUUGUGCACUUUGGAUAAGGUCAAUAUUCUUCAACAAAUCAGAUUCAUUCACCUGCAAUUGUGCGCGAUUACGAAAUUGCUGAACAAAAUAUUCGACACUCAGAUGAUGUUCUACUCGAUAGUGAUCAUACAGAGCGUUGUUGGGAUAUUCUAUUAUGUUUACACAGAAAUAGAUUUGGAGUCGCCGUAUGAAUUGAGCUUUUAUGUGCUCGACGCGAUCUACACAUGGCUGAAAGUUGCUGUGACGUGCUACUUCUGCGAGAAGACCGCCAAAGAGGCAAAGCAGAUAAUAUACAUUAUUCACUCGUGCUCCAUACACAAUUCUGACGUCGAGUUGAGAAAUGAGCUCACACAAUUUUACCUGCAAGUCUCACUCGCUGAAAUGGACACCAAUGACACGCAUCUCUUCUGGUUGAACGACGUUUACAUAUUACAGAGCAUUGGAGGCAUAUUCACCUACUUUCUGAUCAUGAUACAGUGGAGUGGGUCAUUAGGCGUAUUCGGAUCAAAAUCUAAUUUCACCACAUUCAACUGA